GCUGCUACCAAUCAGACCUAAUUUGAUCAGCCAUAAUGGUAAGUUUCGUUAGAGAAAUCUUUGAUUUGAUAAUUUUUUUCCCACUCUGAAAGGGCCGAUUGCGUAUAACAGAGAGAUAAUGAUAAUUUUGUUGUCUGCCCUCGUGUCUUUUGCACUCUAAAGGAAGAAAAAUGAAAUGCAAACUUUUUUAAUAUGUCGACUCAACUUUACCAUGCUGAGUCACGUUGCAAAACUUCCAUCGUCUGGCUACCUCAAUUUAGCAGCAUUUUCAUGAUGGAUGGGGAUUCAUUUUUUGAGUCCAUUUUAAAAAUUAAUAGAAAAUCGGUGCAUGGCUUUCUUUUCUUAGCUACGGUAUUAUCCAAACUUCAGGUCAGCUUCGUUUGACAACUUUAAUCAAAAGUUACAUUCCAACAAAUUUAGUUACAUGUGUGUAAUUUGUGUUUCAAAAAUCGCUCUCUUUUAGUUCCGUAAUCAGUACGAUAACGAUGUUACAGUUUGGAGCCCCCAGGUAAGUAAGUUUAGUAGACCAGGAAUGCUUGAAGUUCUGUGGAUUUAGCGUCGUUCAUUAUAGUCGUUUUUUUUAAAAACAUUUCCUGCUUUCAAGGCCAUUUUAAGAGACACAUCUUUUGAUAAAACUGAAGAUGUCAUCGAUUCUAAGGGGUACCAUUUUAUUAUUCUCCUUUCCUAUUUCGGUGGACCCUAGUGACCCUGUAUUCUAUAGUUGUUCAACACUCUAAGGUCAACAUAUCAUACUCCAUCGAGUGAACCAAAAGGGUUUUUACAUGGUGUUGCUCAAGAAAUGAGAAAAUGAUUGAAAAAAUUACUGUGACUCUGCUUUCAAAUCUAUGAACUAAAAUUUAUUUCAAUUUACCCCAUAAGUGAGAGAGAAACAUAAAAAAUAAUUGUUUUUGGCACAUUAUUUAGGCAGCCGAAGAGCACAGUUGAGAAGUUUCCAAACCCUGUGAUUCCAUUUGCCCUAGUUUUAACCCUUUCACUCCCAUGAGUGACCGAGACAGAAUUUCUCCUUACAAUAUUAACAAGAUAAGUAAUGGGAAUAAAGAAAAAUAUCAAUUUGGGAAUAAUUAGUUGAUCCAAUGCAAAAUUCUCUAAACUAACAUCACAAGAAUUGUAUGGUUGACAGUAAGGAGAAUUAAAACUUUGAACUGAGAGUUGAAGGAAUUACAGAAACUUCUCAAAUGGUUUUCUUCGUCUUUUCAGGGCCGUAUACAUCAAAUUGAAUAUGCAAUGGAAGCUGUGAAGCAGGUAUGUGAUGUGCAUAAUUUGCCACAUGCUGUUGGCAAUGUAUGUGGGAUAGUGUGUAAGCAGUUGUACUGCUUAUAUGUAUUUUAGUAUUCAAUAAAACUGUAAAAAUUGAACAGGCAAAUCAGGAAAUGUAAGCAGUUGUAUACUGAGGAUAUAAUCAUGUGGGUCAAAACUGUUUAACUGAACUUUGUAAAGGAGUCUAAAGGAAGUUAAAUCACAAAAGUAGCAUCAUAGGCAAGACAAGCCAUUGUCUGUCUCCUUUUUCUCAGUAGUAGAGGAUUCAAGUUUUAAUUUUUUCUCAAAAUCAUACUUGAAAUUUGGGGUGCAGCUUAUUUAUGAGGCAGAUUAUACACAAGUUUUUAAAGUAUUUAUGAGUAGGUCAAAAAUUGGACUUCAGUUGGAAGCACUUAGACUUUCUUGUUUGGAAAUGUUUCUGUGUUUUCAUCUAUACUUGGCUAAAAAAUUUCAUGUACCAUCUUAAUUUUCAUUAUCAUGCAAACUGUCUUAGUAUGUACUAUAACCUAAAUGACAGUGAAUAUAUGAAAAUCAUAUAUGUGAACUGUGGAUAAAGAUGUGAAUAUGAAAGUGAUCCUCGCAGUUAUGAACACUAAUUGAGCAGAAAGGUUCCAAAUAGUUCACAUAUAUGAUUUUCAUACAUUCACAGUCAUUUCUUCGUUACUUCGUGGGUUUAUUUGAAACCAACAUAAUGAACAGCUCCCAGUUGGCUUGUUAGCUUAGUUGGUAGAGCAUUGCACUGGUAUGGCAGAGGUCAUGAGUUCAAAUCCUGCACAGGCCCGAAUUUUUUCAGGCCUUAUGUUCACUACUGCUCAAGUAGUGUUCAUUAAAGCAAAGAUUGCUUUCAAUUAUUCACAUACUAUAACCUGAUUGGUAUUUUUUUCUUUGUCAGGGAUCAGCCACAGUAGGACUGAAAUCAAAAACUCAUGCAAUUAUUGUUGCAUUAAAAGUAAGUUAACUUGGUACUCAUAUUCUUUUACAAUGCAUGAUGGUUGGCCAAGCUGAUGUAUAUUGUGCAUACAGUGUUUUUGUUUUGUCCUCAAGGAACUCAUUGGUGACCUUCAGCUAUUUUGUCAAACAUUACAUUCUUUUUGUUAAAGAACAACAAAUUACACCAGCCUUUAAAGUUUCUAUAAUACAAAGUGUUCAAAAUUUUCCCUCCUAUUGUAGCGAGCAGCAUCAGAAUUGUCUGCUCACCAGAAAAAGAUCUUGCCUAUUGAUGAUCAUGUGGCUGUUUCCAUAGCAGGCCUGACUGCAGAUGCUCGACUCUUAAGGUGAGUUGAUUGUCAUCUUUUCUAAAAUGAACUAUAAUGGUAAUUUAAUUUUGUUUAAAUUAAUGUUGUAUUAACUCAUUGAAAGUAUUUAUUAUUAAUAAUAAUGGGACUGAGUGGAGUCCAGCAGGUAAUUUAGUGUUAACAAUUGGGUUGAAAACGUAAAUUAGCCACCGUAAAGGGUAAAAAAGCUGACGUUUCGAGCGUUAGCCCUUCGUCAGAGCGAUUGGAGUUUUUGGUUUAUAAUCAUAUGAGUGAUCAGCAAAAUUGGAUGUGUGAUUACAGGUGUCCAAUUGCAGUGAACUGUACAAUUGCAACUCUACAAAAUAAUUAGUGACAAAUAAAGCAGUUAGUGAACUAAUCACAUUUUAGGAAAUUGUAAUGGUUAUGAUUAAAAAUGAAAUAGCCUCUCAAACUCUCAGUUAAGUAAGUAAGCAAUAAACUCUACAAUUAACAUAACAAUAUUGAUGGUACCAAUUAUGUAAUGGUUACUACCUCCUGAAGGUAAGAAUGAAGUUUCACAUUUUGUGAGCAAAUUGCUAGGGAUAGUAGUGACCUUGGUUAGGUUAGAAACCUAACGUGAAAUUUAUCUACAAUCAAGAAUGACCCUAAAGAUGGACUUUUACAAGAGUCUAUGUCAUAAAAUACGAUUUUAAAUAUUUUCAAACAAGUGUAUGAUUUAGUUACUGCCAUUGUUACUGAUAUCAGUCAAUAUCUCAUUUCAGUAAAUUUAUGAGGAGUGAGUGUCUUAACUCCAAGUAUGCAUAUGACAGACGAUUACCUGUCUCAAGACUUGUUUCUGCAGUGGGGGACAGUAUCUUUUUCCUUGACGACUAUUUUAAUUGAUAAACAAUAAAUGAUUCCAAAUGGAGAAAAAGACUUUUUUUGGCUUGAAAAUAAAUGAAUCCAAUUUGUAUCUUAAGGAUGAGAUUGCAUUUAUGUGGAUUGAAACUACUCAUGAAAAACUUUCAUCAAAAUAAUUGAGGUCUUAUGCAUCUUUUAGUUGUAAAAGGGCUGACAUUGAUUACUACUCUUUGGCCGCUUGAAUGUGUUUCUUUCUGUUUGAUUUUAAAAACGGUUUACAAACAUGAUAACUUUGUGUUUUAUAAAAAAUAUUCUUGACCGAAAAAAAACAGAGAUGCAAAUACCAACACAGCGAUAUGGCAGAAGACCAUAUGGAGUUGGUCUUCUUGUGGCAGGAUAUGAUGUGAGUAGUUAGUAAAAAUAAGGACUUGAAUUUAGAACCUCUGCCUUGAGUGAUUCUAGCUCUCUUUCCUCUCAGCUAUGCUGCCUCUUGCUGGAUGAUUGAUGCACUAUUUCAAAAACAAGUGCAAGUGAUUCUUCAAGGUUUCCAAACAAGAGAAAAUUAGGCCUUAUACAUUUAUUCCUUUUUUGAUUGUUUGGAAACCCUGAAACAGAAUGCAUUAGUUUUUUACAUAGCUUCUCAAUCAUGCCUCAUUGAUAAAGAAAAAUGGAGAUAUUCUCAAAUUCUUCACAUCUUGUAGGCAACUUUCUUGGUGUCUUUGUUUUAAGUACUUAAAUACUUUUUAUUGAUAUUCAGUUUAAGAAAUAAGUGAACUAGAGUUUGAUGCUAUAUCAAGGUUUUGAUGUUGCAUAAAACUCAUGAUGAUUUUGAUAUUGCAUAAAACUCAUGGAUGACACCUCAUUCCAGUGUUUCAUCGGGGUUUCAAACCUGAAACAAUUUGCAUCUUUUUGUGAGAUGAUUAUCCUAUGAAUAAAUAAUGAGUUUGAGAAAUUCAUUUCUUAAGUUAGGGAAAAAUGGGAACUUGAUUGACAAAUCAAAUGAAAAAUGUCAUCAGUACAUUCAAGUGGCAUUGUGUGAGAUAGGUUUAUUAUUUUGUAUUUUCAGUUUGAUCAUGAUAAAUGAUCCAGUAGUUCAUGAUUUUUGUUGUUAAUAUGUGCAGGAUAUGGGUCCACAUAUUUACCAGACAUGUCCUUCAGCUAAUUACUUUGAUUGUAAAGCAAUGGCUAUUGGUGCUAGGUCUCAGGUAAGUUAUAACUCUCCUUAAACAAAUAAAGAAUAUCUGUCCUUCUGAUGUCAAGUGUGGCAUAAGAUAUGAUUCUGUGCUGAUUCUUUGCACCUUUCAUAAAUGAGGCUGCUAAAUCUUGUAUGAAGGAAAAAGAUAAAAGUCCGAAAAACACAGAAAAUUUCUGAAAAAGCAAUUGAACUUGUUCAAAAAGAACAACCUUAGUCUUGAGUAACAUCAUGUAGAUAGGCCUGAAAACUCAUCAAGGUCAGUUAGAAAUUACCCAGGCAUGGAAGUUGUGUCAUAUUUACAUCAAAUUCACUGCAAAUUUAAUAUUGGACAAAAUGUUAAAUAUUUUAUUGAUAUCGGCGAAGUUGUCCAGGUAUGUGAUAACAAGGAUAAGUGUGACUUGACUGAAUCUGAUUUCUCUUUUGCUAGUACCUUCCUAACAGCUUUCGUCAAGCAGCUGAAAGUUUUAAGACUAUCUUUCUUUGUCUGGGCUUGUUUAUUUAGGACAAAUUAUUCUUAAAAAUUUUGCCCAAAAAAAUUGUUAGUGAAGGUUCACAGUUUCUUAAUAUCUUUAUAGUCUGCAAGAACAUACCUUGAGAGACACCUGGAUGAAUUUCCAGAUUGUAAGUACACCAUACCUAAUUGUGUUUAUGAUUAUAAUUAAAGAAAAAUUGCUUUUAGUCCUAAAUUAUAUUUACUUUGAUUUUAAGGAUCACCAGGUUCUUAAUUACAACUGUGUGAGUUUCUGUGACAACAAAAAACUGUCCCUUUUGUUAUUUCUGAGCAUUAUUCACGAUAAUGUGCUUUUAUUUCCUUCUGUGCCAAGGUGAACCUGAAGAGCUCAUCAAACAUGGCUUAAGAGCACUAAGAGAGACUCUUCCAAAUGAACAAGAACUGACAAUAAAGGUAUAGUGAAAUCUACUGGAGCUAUCCAAGCUCAAGAUAAAAAAAAAUAAACAGACAAAGUGAUGUGUAAACUGUAAUAUAUUUUAAAGAUGGAAAAUUUAACCCUUAAAUUCUGGCCAGCCCUCAAAUGCCAGGUCAGAAAUAACUUGCUCAAAUCCUCAUGAGGCUCUCAUGUUUUUCUUUGUCUCACAGCCAUUGCAUGCGAGUGACUUUAUUCUUGUUGAUUUUGUUGUAGAACUGUUCCAUAAGUGUGGUUGGCAAGGAUCAGGAUCUGGUGAUUUACAGUGAUGAAGGUGUAGCUCCUUAUGUAUCCUUUGAUUCAUAAUUGGUUUUCUCCUGAAUAGUUUGUUUUCUUAAGUUGUGGCUUCAAUUGUGUCAGUCUGGAAGAGGGAUGUGUUGUGUGACAUGUUGUCACUCAAUGUCAAGCUUAUGUGACAUAUCAUGCUUUAUGUGCCUGAAACUCACUUUCCUUUGGUUUAAUUCUCUGUUUUAUUUAUUUUGUCGUAAAUGUAAUUAUCAUUUAUAAGUGCAAAGAAAUAGGCUAUGAGCAGUCCAAGUCACUCUGCUUAGUUUGUCAUCAUCACUGUUUUUUUUGCUGAUUUUUUUUUUCUCUGUUCAACAAGCACAACAAACAUCACCGAAAAAGGGGACUGCUUUUAGUCUGUUAAAGAAAGAAAAAGAUAGACUAAAGGUGGCAAGGAACCCCAUGAGAAACCACAGGGCUUUUACACAAUGGGCUCCAUCUAAAAAAAAAUGUGUGCUGAAAAACUAAGACCACUUAGUUGAUAAAAGCUAAUCAUAUCGCAAAGGUUACACAAGUCAGGUAGCUCAGUUAGGAACACGACACCUCACUCCUGUUGAACCACGUGAUGGAAAUUAAGAAAGCUGAUAUAAAUCAUUGAGGACACCAUCCAACUUAAUGUAUAUUUGAUGUUUCACUGCUUAGAGUAUUAGAACAACAAACUAAUUAUUAUCUCGAGGUAACAAAAUAUGCUUUGAAAGUUACACCAGGAGAGUUAAAAAAAUUGUACAUACAAGAACCCUUAACUUGUUACAGUUGGCUGGAAUUGAUCAAACAAAGAGACGAAGGGGAGCUGAGGUAAGAGUAGCUGCAUCACUAAAUCUUUUGAUGCUUAAGAGUGACCAGCAUCUAUUUUCUCCUAACAAUAUUACCCCUGAAUCACACAUAAAGGUCUUGAGAAUAAAAGAAAUGAUCACUAACUGAAGAGGUUCUUGAUUUUUAAACAAAUUCUUUUUGUCUGUACCUUAUGAAAUGUUUGGAGAACAGAAUGGAGAAUAUGCUUACCAAUGUUAAGUGUAAAGUGUUAAUUGAGAGGAAAUGGAAAGAAUGGGUCAUCCAUACUUGAAGAGUUUUCUAUCUGCUUGGUGUAGCUGUACCUUAGGGAGAUCUUUGUGUCACAAGAAGUGUUUCUAAAAAAACUGUUCUCUUGUGGGACAUUAAGAUUGAAUGUUACUGUAUGUAUGGCUUGGACUGUGAUUCACUUGCCCUCCUCCUGUGAAACAAUUUUUGCAAGUGACGUUUUCCAUUUAAAUAUUAUGCCAGAUGCACGUGACAACAAAGUUACUGUGGAAUUAGCAUUAUCCUAAGAGUGACACUCAACACUUUAACUACCAUGAGUGACCAGGCAAAAUUUGUCCUUUUAAUAUCAAUACAUGAUGAGGAAUGAAAAGGUUUAUAGGUAGCAAGUCAUUGUGCUCGGCAAAUCCUUGGAACAGAGAAUUUUUAUACCUUGCUUUACCAUAAGAAUAAAGUCUGUUCUUCACAUGCCUAUAAUUAGUUCAUCUUGUAAUCUUUUGUGUGGUUUUUCUUAAAGGCUGCUGGUGAUGUUGCUAUGGAAGCAGAGUCUCAGGUACUGUAGCCCUCUUUUUCCAAAGUUCUUUCCUUUGUAAGCUAUGUUUGUGUACUCUCAUUUAUAAAUGUGUGUGUAUGUAUAUAUAUAAUUAUGUAUUUCUAAUUGUUUGACAACAGGCUUCUGGUGAAGGAGAUGCAGGUGAUAAACAACCAGAAGGAGAAACAAUGGAAGCUGAGGAGAGCUAA